AUGCUCUCCUCUCCGAGGCAACUGCCAUAUGCUCCCACACCAUAUAGCUACACGCCAAACACAGCUCUCUCUGCCACCAUCAAUCUAGAUCAAGAAGUCAAGCUCUCCGAAGCAUCCGCAGACCGCGACGUGCGCGACUCUCUUGCAGAAAUCUAUAGCAUUAUCAUCACCCUCGAUGGCCUUGAAAAGGCCUACAUUCGGGAUUCUAUCCCCGAGGUCGAAUACACUGAGCUGUGCAAUCGGCUGCUGAAGCAAUACAAAUCCAACCUCAGCGAUGAGAAGGUAGCGAAGGAAUUUGUGGAUUUGGAGACCUUCAAGCGGGAAUGGGAUAUCGAAUGUCCCCGUGCAACCGAACGCCUACGCGUGAAUCUCCCCUCCACCAUCACUGACGCCUCUCCUCGCCCCUCCACUCCUUCUCGUACACCCCAUCACCAGCAGCAAACCUUCCACGCUCCCACUUCCGGGUCCUCUGGUAGUGCGUCCGGCCAACAAAUUCUGACUGCAACCGAAAAUUUCAUUACACUCCUCGAUGCCCUGAAACUCGGCUUGCUUUCCAAAGACGCACUUCACCCAUUGCUCGCGGAAUUAAUACAGAGCGUGAAUGCGGUUACGACCCAGGAAUUUGAAGGAAGGGCUAAAAUCAUUGCAUGGUUGAUUAGGCUGAAUCAGCUGAAGGCGCAGGAUCAUUUGAGUGAGGAGGAGGCGAGGGAGCUGGGCUUUGAGAUGGAAGGGGCCUAUAGAGGAUUCAAGGGAACUUUGAGUUGA